AUGAAAUCUCAACAAAACUUGGAAAAGUACGAAAUAAGUCUCAACAAUCCAAAAGAUUUCAUUGCGAUUGGUCUGAGAGAUAUCCCAUACCGAAUGGGGCCACCAAUACCCGGACCUUCAUCGGGCUGGGUUACAUUGCAAGGAAGCUUCGAGGUGACACGGAAAGAUGGAGUGACCGCGUCAAUAUGUGUCUAUUAUCGUUACUCUAUGGAAUUCGUUUUUAUUAUGCGUACUGGGCUUAACAAAUAA